AUGAGUGGGAAGUUUGUGCGGGCUUCCAAGUAUAGACACGUCUUCGGACAAUCAACAAAGAAGGAACUCUUCUACGAGAACCUCAAAGUGACAAUCAAUGCUUGGGAUUCCAAUCUCAUCAAGACUAACGGCAAGUUCAUUUCGGUUACGUGGAAUUCGUCGGGCGGAGGGGCGUUCGCGGUAGUGCCGGUGGAGGAGGUGGGCAAGGCGCCAGACCAAAUUCCUCUGUUCCGCGGGCACACGGCACAGGUGCUGGACACAGACUUCGACCCGUUCGACGAGCGCAUGCUGGUGUCGGGAUCGGACGACGGACGGAUCGGGGUCUGGGAGAUCCCGGCGACGUACUCGUUCCACAAUGCGCAGGACGAAGACGGCAACGUGGAACACGUGGCGCCCGUCAAGUUCCUGACUGGGCACCAGCGCAAGGUUGGCCAUGUUCUGUACCACCCGACCGCCCAGGGGGUGCUCGCAUCAUCGUCGCUGGACCACACUGUGCGGCUGUGGAACGUGGAACAGGGGACAAAUCCCAUUGUCCUUACGCAUCCGGACAUGGUGACGUCCAUGUCGUUUAGCUACGGGGGCACUUAUCUUGCAACAGUAUGUCGCGACAAAAUGCUGCGUGUUUGGGACAUCCGGAAGGGUGAGGUCGUCAGCGAGGGCAUGGGCCACUCGGGACCCAAGAACCAACGCGUGGUCUGGCUCGGGAACUCCGACAGGCUGGCUACGACAGGUUUCUCGAAACUCAGUGAUAGACAGAUUGCCGUGUGGGAUGCAUUCAACCUGGAGAAGGGCCAGCUGGGCGGUUUUUACAACGUGGACCAGUCUUCCGGUAUCCUGAUGCCCUUCUAUGAUGACUCAAACAAGAUUCUCUAUGUCGCGGGUAAGGGCGACGGGAACAUUCGCUACUAUGAAUUCCAGGAUGACGAGCUGUAUGAGCUCUCGGAGUUCCAGUCAACGGAGCCCCAGCGCGGCUUUGCAGUUGCGCCCAAACGCUCCGUUAACGUGAAGGAAAACGAAGUGCUGCGGGCCUACAAAACCGUCCGUGACCAGUGCAUUGAGCCUAUCUCCUUUUUCGUUCCCCGCAAGGCUGAGGUUUUCCAAGAUGACAUAUACCCAGAUGCCCCAUCGGGAAAGCCGGCCCUGACCGCAGAGGAGUGGUUUGCUGGCAAGUCGGUCGACGGGCCUAUCCUUUUCAGCGUCCAGUCGCUUUAUGACGGUUCUGACCCCGUCUUCUGUCCUACAGACAACUCUCCGGCACGCGGCACAGAAGCGUCCUCGCCCAAGCGGCCGGCCCAGAAGAACAGCAGCCCCGCCCGCAGCAGUCCAGUCCGGCGCGAACAGGCGGCCGCAUCCGAUGCGGCAACCACCAAAACUGCACCAACAAAGGCCUCGGCGGUGAAGGCUGCGUCGCCAAGGCCCUCCACAGAUGCCGACAAGCUCUUGCAAACAGACGACACCGUCAACCAGAUGCUGCAAAAAGCUUGCUCUUUCGACGAGGUCAACCGCGCGGAAAACCCAGCCAGGGAUACUUCCGGGUGGGAUAGCGACGACGAAAAGUCCGCCUCGCCAAAGCUAUCGCCCAUGCGCAAGGCCUCCAACUCGCGCACCAGGCUCUCGCCGCAGGCCGUCGCACACGAAACCCCCCACCGGGACUUGUCGCCGAUGGCACGCGAAUCCCCUCGGCCGCGCUUACAGGUGGACGGCCAUCCCACCACUCCGCUCUCUGCCAAGUCAAUGGACCUACGCCAAUCGGUCGAAAAACUGUCCGCGCUGGUCCAGCAGCUCGAUACUGUCGCUACCAAACUUGCAGCCGCUGCCGAUGAGAAGGAUCAGCGGAUUAAAAAACUUGAGGAGAGGAUACAGCAGCUCAUCGACUCCCAGUCGUCCCAACGGUCUCGUUAA